AUGUUUCAGCACCUUAUUUUCUCGUCUUAUUCUGAGAAGAACAUUGCUAACCGACGCAAGCAGAAGAUCCCUCAUACACUCGGGUCUAAAUCUAUUGCAAGGAAACAAUAUGAGUUGGAAUCUCAAACUGGUAGACCAUAUAGUAGGUUAGAAAUGUACACUAUUGCCCACAAGAAGAAAGAUGGAUCAUUUGUGAACGAAGAGGCUAGACAACAGAUUGAACAACUUGAAAUGGAAGUUGAUAACAAUGCUUCUGAAGAAGAUGCAUUCAGAACUGUAAUUGGGAAAGAGCAUCAUGGAUAUUUACGAGGCAUGGGUUUCGGUGUUUUCCCCUCUAACGUCUUCAAAGGUUCUGGGAGCACAUCAACCAAUGGUUCUUCAGCACAAGUUAACAAGCUUCAAUCAGAAUUGGAAACAGAGCGUGCCAGAGUUGAUACUUUGGUACAAGAAGUAGAAAGAUUUAAAAGUUUAGAAGAACAGCUUGCACUUGUUAUGCAACAAUUGGAUGGCCAAGGAUUUAAUCGGCAUGCUUUUGUUUCACUUGUUGGUUGUUCAGGCUUUAGAUAUGACAGUAUGAAGACUAUUUCCUUACUUUGUUGA